UCCACCAAAACACACUUCAAUGUUAGCUCGGCUGUGCUCGAAGCAUUCGUUUGCCUUACAACCCUCGCGCAUUGCGCCAAUCAAGCAAAGAUGAUAGAUGUUGAAGAUUACGACGAUGUCUUCAAAGGCAAAUCAUACUCAGACGGUCUCGUAUCCGACAUAGAAGAGAGCCAACAUGUCCAUCACGGGUGCACUUUCUUUGAGCGGCUGCUCAACCUUCUCAAGAUCAAUAGCAGGCAUUCUGGACGUAAGAUAUACCCUCCAAAACAGGAGAAAGACCUCCGCGAAUUGCACUCCCGCAUAGCCUCUGCGCCAAUCACGCUACAUUACAAACACUGUCUCAUCCUCUACCUCCUCAAGGACAUCACACCGUCCAAUCAUGAUACAAAUCUCUCUGAAGCCUUUGCAAUGAGCGUACAUCUUGAACCCAGCUUCUGGACAUUUAUCGAGGGAAUAUGGGAGCUUGAUCAUCUACAAUACGAAAACGCGGUCAUGCAUUUGACACACCCAAGCAUAAUACAAACGUUCGCCGACGACAUCCUGUUGGCGCUACUUCGGCGGAGAGAUCGAAGCGGCAGCUUCAAGCUAGAAUUGGGUGAUGACACAUUACCAAUGGCGUACUUCAAUUGCGCAGAUCCGCCUCUAGAGGGCGAGGCAGUCCGCAUCCAGUUCACAAAGUACAUGGCGGUGCGCAACGUCAGUGAGACGUACCAUUGGAUUCGCUCGCGGCCAGAGAAUGAACAAAAGCAGCUGCUGGAGGCCCUUGUCGAGCAGACAUUUCACACAGGACACCAACAGUCGGAAUCUUACCCGACGGUCGAUCGGGCCGUGGAACUUGCGGGCUUGCCAUUCGACGAAGAGGAGGAGAAAUGGCUGGAGGCAUUCCUCACUGAGGGCCGUGGAAGGAUGUUACCUGGAGCGGAGGACACGAUCAUAAUGAGGAGGUUAGCAAAUGGGAACUUCCGCGAUGUCGCUGGUCAAAAGGGGCCGAAAGGAAGGAAAAUCGAUGGUGUUACUUGGGAUCUCUUGAGGAAUGGAGUCAAGCGGGGAUUAGGUCCCAGAAGCGACGAGGAGAGGAUUCAGAUUUGA